CGUGUAGCUAUAAAGAUCAGAAGUUAAGAAGUAUGAUGGCGACCCGCUGUGUAAAGUACGGUGAUAUAAUAGUGAUUAGUCGAAGACGCACGUUUAAAAGAAUAUUUUUAAUAUGAAUGAAGUUACGAGCGAAAACUUUAAAGAGAUAUAUCCACAAUUGGAACGUACAUUGAAGGACGCGAGUUUCAUAGCGAUUGAUACAGAACUUUCAGGUAUCGAUGCUGACAAUAUAAGAAAUAGUUUGUUCGAUUCCAUUGAGGAACGAUAUAACAAAAACAAGAAUAUUAUCCAACCGUACAUAAUAGUGCAGUUUGGUAUUACUGCAUUCCAACGACAACAUGAUAAAAAUGAAUAUAGUGCAAAAAUCUUCAAUUUCUUUCUGUUCCCAAGAUUUAUUCCAUCGAAAAAUAGGCAAUUUCUAUGGAACGUAUCGGCAUUGGAGUUUCUGGCUACGCAUAAGUUUGAUUUCAACAAGCUUGUGUAUCAUGGUAUUUCUUACCUUGAUGAGAAGGACCAAGAAAUCCUACAGCAACAAGUACAACAGGGCUCGUUGUGUCGCAACAUAGAACAACAUUUAUCCUCUAAGGAAGAGGAUGACCUCAAGGAUUACAUUAAUGAAGUAGCACAAUGGUUAAACACUGCUGGUGAAGAAACUAGUUCGUUUAAGAUCAAUACCUGUACUCCAAGCUUGCAGUAUCUCAUACAUAAGGAAUUGAGACGACGUUUUCCGCAUAUUUGGACUCUCUCGGGGAAUAAUUCGAUAACUGUGAUGAAAGUGCAAUCAGAUGUAAGAACAAUUUUGGAAAAGGAAGAAGGUCCCAUUCUGGAGAAUGCAUUGCUGGAAUCAUAUAUAGGCUUUUCAAAAGUGUUCAAUCUCUUGGUUAUUCUGAAAAAACCUAUAGUGGGGCAUAAUGCUUUGUUUGAUUUAAUGUUUAUGUAUCAACAAUUUUAUAGGCCUUUACCACGAAAAUAUAUUGAUUUCAAGAAUAGCAUACAUAAACUGUUUCCAACAAUUUAUGACACGAAAUUUUUAAGCUUUGAACUGAGGGAGCUUCUUCAUCCAGAAGAAAAGUGGAAGAUUAAUUCACUGGAAGGCCUGUUUGAUCAUUUCACACCUCAAGGAAAAAAAAACUUGAUAUUGGGUUCACCCUCUAUUCAACUCCUUAAUGAAAUUGAGUCAAAUAACUCGGAUGUUAUUGCAAGUUCUAUAAGAUAUCACACUGCAGGCUGGGAUGCUUAUGUUACGGGUUACAUAUUUAUAAAAAUGGCAUAUGUAAUAGCCAUAAAGCGUUCUAAUUGCAACUUCUUAUUGAAGUACUAUACGCACACAGAAUUAAUGAAUGAUAUUAAAAGUUUUGCAAAUUGCAUAAAUAUCGUUCGUGGCAACACCUCACAUUUGAGACUUGACAGACCCGAGCCUGUAUCGACUCGACCAGAGUGGCUUUAUGUGAAAGCGUUGACUUCGGAAGUGAUAACCGAAACGCAGAUAUAUGAACAAAUGUCGAAAUUCGGCGCCAUUGACGUGAAGAGACUCGCAUCGAAGCGCAUGUUAGUCGCGGUAGGAAAUUACGGAAGUGCCCGGGACAUAUUGCAUUGCUUCAAACAAAAUAAGGGACUGUACGUAGCCCCUUACAGUGCGAUACGUCACUCACCUUCCGUUCAACUUGCUCUAUGGAGCGGUGUGAUAGUUUCUGGUGGGAUCUUAGCGUGGAUACUGCAUCAGAAGUUCCAGAAGACUUCUUAGAAAAUGUAAUUCCUAAGUGUAUGACCUGCGACUGUAUGACUGUAAAUAUCUCUAGAGUAACAUAAGAGAUCCAGACCUGUAUGUGUGAGAGUUGGGAUGAAACACAAAAAACUGUAAAAAAAAGUUUAUAACAAUAGAAACGAUAUGAAAUUCUA